AUGGACAACACGAUUGGUGACGAGGGCCCAGACUCGGUGCCUGGUCCAUCUUCUCCAGGCGCCGGCGGUAUUGGCAUUGGCAUUACCAUUGGCACCGGUACGCCCUCGAGUUCGAACCCGCCCACUCCUGUCAACAUUGUCGGCCCUCAGGCCCCCUUUCCACAGCUGCGGAACGACCCAGAGCAGGAUGGCCGGCCCCUACCUGCCAAGUCUGCCUCCCACGUACCACCGACGGCAGAGGCCAACGAUGACGAUGACCCUACCGUCGCAGAGCCCUUUCACCGCACGUCGAGCCCAGAUCCAGCGAGCCGGAGUGGCACACACGGGCUUGCGUCCGAGGAGGAGAGGAGGCUCGUGCACAAGAUGCACAAGUUCAGCCUGUACGAGACGGCGAGCAGGUACUAUAUCGUGGGAGGGGACGUGACAGAGAAGCGGUAUCGCAUCCUCAAGAUCGACAGGAUGGUUGACGACAGCGAUCUGAGCAUCACUGAUGACAAGAUCGUCUAUACGCAGAAGCAGAUGAACCAGCUUCUCGACACCAUCGACGACGGGAACAAGGGUACUGGAGGCAUCAGGCUGAAGUGCACCACCUGGGGCCUCCUGGGGUUCAUCAAGUUUACUGGGCCCUACUACAUGCUGCUCAUCACCAAGAGGAGCAUUGUGGCUAUGCUCGGUGGCCACUACAUCUACCAGAUCGAGGGCACCGAGCUCAUCCCCCUCACUCCCGCCAGGUACAAGACCGACGGGCGGAACACCGAAGAGUCUCGUUUCCUGUCCAUCCUCAACAACCUUGACCUCACCAGGUCCUUCUACUACAGCUACUCGUAUGAUGUCACGCGGACCCUACAGCACAACAUCACCAAGGAGCGCAUCGCCCUGAACAAUGGCCUGCCCUGCUCGGUGGAUGACGACCCGAACACAAUGUUCGUUUGGAAUAGUCAUCUCCUGCGACCUGCGGUGGACGCCCUCAAAGAUCCCUUUGACUGGUGCCGUCCCAUCAUACACGGCUAUGUAGACCAGGCUUCGGUGUCCAUCUACGGUCGGACUGCGUUCAUUGCCAUCAUCGCACGGCGAUCCAGGUAUUUUGCAGGAGCUCGUUUUCUGAAGCGCGGAGCCAAUGACCUUGGCUAUGUGGCAAACGAUGUCGAGACGGAACAGAUCGUAUCCGAGGCGCUCACGACAUCCUUCCAUGCACCCGGCGGGAAGCUUUAUGCCAGCCCGGAGUAUACGUCCUAUGUUCAGCACCGUGGAUCCAUCCCUCUCUACUGGACACAGGACAAUACAGGUGUCACUCCGAAGCCACCCAUCGAGCUCAACCUGGUCGAUCCUUUCUACAGCGCCGCCGCGCUGCACUUUGACAAUUUAUUCGAGCGCUACGGCUCACCCAUCUACGUGCUCAACCUCGUCAAGGCCAAGGAGCGGACGCCUCGCGAGUCCAAGCUGUUGGACGAGUUUCGCAGGGCCAUCACGUACCUCAACCAGUUUUUGCCCGAGAAGAACCAGAUCAUCCAGCGCCACUGGGACAUGUCCCGCGCCGCCAAGGACCCCGCCCAGGACGUCAUCCAGACCCUGGAGGACAUCGCCGAGGACGUUGUCGUGACGACCGGCUUCUUCCAGAACGGCGACGGGGUGGUCAGCCCCAAGCGCGUGCAGAAUGGUGUCGCACGCACCAAUUGCAUCGACUGCUUGGACCGAACCAACGCCGCGCAGUUUGUGAUCGGCAAGCGCGCGCUCGGCCACCAGCUGCACGCCCUGGGGAUCCUGGGCGACACGGCGAUCGAGUAUGACACGGACGCGGUCAACCUGUUUACGCACAUGUACCACGACCACGGGGACACCAUCGCUGUACAGUACGGCGGAUCGCAGCUCGUCAACACCAUGGAAACGUACCGCAAGAUCAACCAGUGGACGAGCCACAGCCGCGAUAUGAUUGAGAGCUUCAAGCGAUACUACAACAACUCUUUCAUGGACGGGCAGCGGCAGGAGGCCUAUAAUUUAUUCCUGGGUAACUACAUCUUUGCGCAGGGGCAGCCGAUGCUGUGGGACCUGGCGACGGAUUAUUACUUGCACCAUGCAGACCCGAGGACAUGGGCGAACGAGAACAAAAGGAGCUAUAUCGAGUGGUACACGCCGGACUUUCUCAAGGAACACACACUGCCGGACUAUGCGCCGCCCAAGGGCGCCGCCGCCAAGAUGCCAAUUUCUUACUUCGACGACUACUGGCUCGAGUACUAUCGCCCUCUGACCCUGUCGUCCCUGCAGAAGAUGUUCCCGUACAAGAUGAACUCAACCAUCAAGUACAUACCUUUCAAGUCCACGCAGGACGGCCGCUACGACCUCAGCCCAUUCCAUGUGCGCGCCCGUACCGAGACAGACGCCGAUGGCCACGACAAGCGCAAACCAAAAAAGGGCGUGACGAUACUGGACCCAAAUGAAAUCGCCAAGGCCGGUGAUGGUGACGACGACACCGCGUCCAUUGCGUCUGGGAAGGCGGGCCACACAAACAAGGGCCUCUCGCUGCAGCGCUGGCUCCACCAGUCACCUGUCCAGGACAAGCCUCCCCUGAACGGCAGCCCGCACGGCAUCAUGAAGGAGCCUGCUACACCGGUUGUGAAUGGGAAUGUCGAGCUCCCAGCCGAAGCCAACCAGCCCAAGGUCAAGGCAACGCCGCUUGAGAAAUCUCGCCAGGCGCAGUGGACCUUUACAAAAGUCGUCCAUGAGUCCCUGAACCCGUCCGUCAGCGCGCAAGAGGCUGAAGACUACAUUCGUUAUGUCAGUCAUCCGCAAAAUCUUCCGCUGGUGGUAUCGUCCGACACACCGGCCGAUGUGGCCGACAGCGAAUACCAGGAGUACAUCAACGGGAGCUGGCAGAGUGAUGGUCUUGCGGUCGAUGAUUACUGGCACAUGUACUCUGAGCUGCUGAAGGUUGGAGAGGACCCGCUGACGGUAAAGGAGGAGGACGUGCACAAGAAGCGCUACAAAGCCUAUGGCAAGUGGCUUCGUGGAAAGAGCCUGUUCAAGCAGCAACCUGUCGACUAG